UAAACUUAAGGCACAACAACUGUAGGAGAGUUCUGAAUGAUGUUUUCAAAUGUAUUAGUUGUGUAAUAUUAAAGAAACCGAAAUGAUGAAAGGACUGUUCUGCAAAGGAGAGCGUAAAGUUCAUCUGUAGAAGUUCAUUCAUAAUUCAAAAAAAGAGAAUUGUAUAAAAUGUGCUUGUUUUAAAGAAUAAGAAAAUAUGUGAUACAGUGGUGUGGAUUAAAUUAUAUUGUAAUUUUAAGGCCUGGGUUUGUUUAGCAAAAAUAACUUAAUAGAGAAAUAACUUAAUAUAGUCAACUUUAAAGAUUUUCCACUUUAUGGGUAACCAAAGAUCUAAAGCUUUAGUAUGGAGAAGUUGUUCAAGUCUAGGAAAAAUGAGGAAGCAAACAUAUAAAAAGAAGUGGAUUACACAUCAUUGUCACUCUUAGAAAACAAAUUCUCCAUCACUGUUGUCACGCUCCAGUCGUUGGGCAAAAUAUGGUGAGGUUUGUCUAUAAAGAGCAAUCUGAGAUCACUAUGGACUAUGUUAAUCUACCUGAUGCAUCAGCCAAGAGUAAUAACCUAAAGAGUGGUUCUAGGGACGACGGUGGAGUGACUGCUGCAGUGCCUGGGAGAAAACUCUACAAAGUGGUUGCUGUGAGCUUUGGGCUCCUGUGUAUCCUACAAGCUGCUCUCAAUAUUUCCCUGCGUCUGGCUCUCUACCACUCUGAAAUGAAGGCCAGCUGCAAAAACCUGACUGAAGAUCCUGACGAGCUGAAAAGGAAACUGACUAACACUGACUGUUCUGGAAUAAAGGCCAGCUGCAAGAACCUGACUGAAGAUACUGACGAGCUGAAGAGAAAACUGUCUAACUUUGAUCAGUAUUUCCAACAAGGUUGGGUGUAUUUCCGUCCCAGUUUCUAUUACCUUUCUUCUGUCAAGAAAUCCUGGCAAGAAAGUAGAGAAGACUGUCUGCAAAGAGGUGCAGAUCUGGUGAUUAUCAACAGCAAAGAAGAACAGGAAUUCAUAAGAAAAAUCCGCACGCUCAUGUGGAUUGGACUGACAUUUGGAGAAAGGAAAGAAAUGUGGAAAUGGGUGGAUGGCACUCCACUGACAAAAAGUUUCAGCUACUGGGGCCCUGAGGAGCCCAAUGCCUUUGAAGGCAAAAAUGAAGACUGUGUAGAAAUAAACUUCUAUGAUAUGGAAAACAACUGGAAUGAUAUACCAUGUGAAGACCAAAACUUCUGGAUCUGUGAAAAGAUGGUGGCUUUAAAUAUGGUUGAAAAGGAACCACAGGGCUCUAAGGCGUAUGAAAACAUCCAUGAUGUUCCAGCCAGGAAUGUUGUGUUUCAGAGCCGCUCUGGUGAAGACAGUAAAGCGACUCCUGCAGCGCCUGGAUUCAAACUCAGAUUGCUUGCUGUUAGCUUUGGAUUCCUGUGUAUCCUACAAGCUGCUCUCAACAUUUCCCUGCGUCUUGCUCUAGCCAAGAAGACACAAGACAUUGAGUCCAGAUUUAAAAACCUUACUGCAGAGCGAGACGAACUGAAGUCAAAGCUGAGUGACCCCGGAUGGGUGUAUUUCAGCGGUAGUUUCUAUUACAUUUCUGCUAUCAAGAAAUCCUGGCAAGAGAGUAGAGAUGACUGUCUGCAAAGAGGUGCAGACCUGAUGAUUAUCAACAGCAUUGAAGAACAGAAUUUCACAAGACAAUUGAAGAGUUACUUGUGGAUUGGACUGACUGACAGAGAGACAGAGGGAUCAUGGAAAUGGGUUGAUGGGACUGCGCUGACAACAAGCUACUGGGCUGAGGAUGAGCCUAAUGGCUAUGAACUCAGAGACGAAGACUGUGGAGAAAUAAGAUACCAUAAACUGGAAAACAACUGGAAUGAUAAACCAUGUAAUAGAACAAUCUUCUGGAUCUGUGAAAUGAAAGUGCAUCUCUAACUCAGCAUAAAGAGGAAAACUUCAGCCCCCCUUUAGUUCAGUAUAGCCAAUCACACAAAGUUGUCAUUGAUCUGUGCUUAUUUUGCCAGGAGACUUCAUGAUCAUGUAGUGUUUCGAUCAACUAUCAAAAUGUAAAAAUGUGUUCAUGCACAAUUUCGUUGUUUGCUGACUAAAAAUGAGCAAUCUGAAAGAAAUUUAGCCAUUUUUCUGUUGUUUAAGCAUUUCACACUUAGAUCUUCACAAUACAAACCUGAAAAUGCCCAUAUGGACAUGCACAUUAUUAGAUUUGCUGGCUUAGUGUGGAUCUAGUCUGGAAUAGCGUAUUACUGCGCUGCAGGGAAAGUGGCAGGUUAACAUACAUAGAACAAUAUAUCCAACUAGGGUCACUGCUUUGAUAACAAUAAAUAAUAUAAAAGACUCUAAUGUUUUGCAUGAUUUGAUUCAUUGUUAAAUAAAUGUUUUUCCCUCA